AUGAGGAAGUUGAAGGAACAGGGCUACCAGGACAUGCUUCCCUCUAUUCUUGACUUAGAAAGCCAAGAUUACGGGGUGAUCUCACAUCGUUCUGCUGGCAAUAGACUCGGUUUAAGUAGAAAAUUUGAUGAGACAGACAAUUUACUGAAGCAUGCUGAAGUUUGCGCUGAAACAAAAUGGUGCAAGGAAGUACAUAACCAGUCCACUAUAGAUCCGGGACUCCCAGAGCUGGUCGCAUUCUUGCAAGAUACAAGUGCUUCUGGUGAGCGACAUCCUUCUCACGGAAAGUGUGGGGUGCAAGGUUGUGAACUCGACCAUAAUGCCAUUUCCUGCACACUUGACUCAGAUGUGGACAGCGGGAGCGAAGUGACUAGACAUGCUCUAUGGACGGAGACAUCAUAUGUCGUAAAAUUCAAGGCAAAGCAAGUGCUCCACGAGGAUCAAGUAGAGAUACACAGUCCUGAACAGGUUGCGAUUGAGAAGAAAGUAGAUGUUCAUGUGAAAGACGAGAUUCUGGUUAAGCAUGUUUCGCCUGAAAUGCCGCCGAUACAUGGACAUAUUCCAGGUGAGACAUCAGCGACGCCAAUUUCUGCAGUAUCAUAUAUAGCGGCAGCAAUCAAGCAUGAUGUUCCUCCCAACAUUAACCAAAGACAAGAUUGUCCUGGGAGUUUGGAAUUUGAAAAUGCUUUUGAAGUCGAAAGUAAGCUGAUGCUCGGAAGCGUGAUGUCGGAAACCAGAACAAAAUCAGGUCAGAUACUCAUAAAGAAACAGGUUCGCGGCGACGCCUAUUUCUCUGCAGCUAGUCCAAUCGCAACUCGUCCCACGGAGUCGGAUACAGUACCGUAUUUCCGUACCAUCUCUCUUCGCUCGAAAUCGAAUAGCAGUACAACCAGCUCCAAGUCCUUUUCAUUUCCAUUAUUGCCCUUCGAAUGGAAUGGCAGCCCGAUAAAGAUGGCAAAAGCCGACCGGACGAAAUUGCAGGAGCAGCAGAACAGGCCGUGGUGGACACGUUUCGUCUGCUGCAAACAGAAGUACAUUAGCCAACGUGAUUUGGAUGAUGACAUUGCUCGUAAAAUCGUGAAAUAGUCGUCACAAAUUGCAUUGUUAUUUUUCAUGUAUACAGGGAGAGACUCAACUACAAUCGUAUCAUAUACUUCUGAGAGUAUCGAUGUUGUUGGUCCUGCUUUCGCCAAAAUCCUGUGAUACAAAAAUUUCUAUG